AUGCGUCUGUGUGGUGCAGCACUCUUUCUCCAGAUUCUCCCCAAUUUCUUCUUCCUUGCUGCUACUGCUUCAGCUAGUCUUCGGGAGGAGAAGGGGUCUGGGCUGGAGAGCACCCUUCCAUGGCAGGUGAAACUGCAGAAAGAAUUUGGCACCAGCUUAAAGAUCUCACGGCAAAUCCUGUGCAAAACAGGCAUCAUAGCACGCAACUACCUCUCUGCCCGUCUCUCCGGAGCCCAGCUGCCUUUUGUAUCACGCUCAUCGACGCUUCCCUCAGUCAGCCUCAAUUUCAGCUCAUGGAUUUCUCUUUCGAAUGCCGAGCGCCUGUCUCACAUGGCCAAGAUGCUCUCGUUCUAUCGGGGGCUAGUCCAGCAGCUGCAGGAUUACGAGGCGACGAGAGAGGAUUCCAAAUUCGCGGCUCAGUUUGAAGAGCUCGGCUUGCAUCUCCGAGACCUGAGCCACCACGUGAAUUACCAGAUUUCACUUUGGGGCUUGCCGCGGAAAGACUCGCUCGAACCCGCCCUCGAGCCCCUCCAAAUCCUUCGACACCAGAGCCAAUGGAGAAACCGCCUGGAAGUUAACUACGUCUUGAGCUCCCUCCAGAAUCUCCUCUGCCGUGUUGUGCGGGACUUCAUGCUGCUCAAGAGGAGAGUUGCCCGAUCCCUUCCCGUGACACUGGAGUCCCGCCCUUCCACUUUCUAA